AUGUCACUUAAGAAUCCAAAGCAGAAGAUGUCCAAAUCCGACGCGGACAUCAGGUCCAGAAUCCUCAUCACCGAUACGCCAAUGGAGAUCCACCACAAGAUCCGUCUCGCACUGACAGAUGCAGGGUCAACCAUCACAUAUGACCCCGAGAAGAGGCCAGGUGUCUCUAAUCUGCUUGAAAUGUUCAGUCAUGCCGAGGCCCUGACGUCUGGCCCCUCAGGCACCACCGGCCGGAGCCCGACUGAAAUAGCAUUGGAGUAUGAGAACAGCAGCUUCAAGGCUCUCAAGCAGGAUCUAUCCUCUAAGUUGAUUGAGAUGUUAGGCUCAAUUCGAGAACGGUAUGUUGAAAUCAUGGAGGAAGACGCAAAAGUGGUGGCGUCUGGCUCGUCAGAAAAAGAAAGCUAUUUGGGAAUGGUGGCUCGUAAGGGAGCAGAAGAAGCCUCUGCCAACGCAGCAAUUACGAUGAGGCAAGUCAGAACUGCAAUUGGGCUAUCGUAG